AUGGAACCCUUGAAGAACCUCUUCCUCAAGAGUCCGCUGGGGUCAUGGAACAGCGGUGGCAGUGGGGGUGGCGGUGGGGGCCGGCAGGAGGGGUCUCCGAAGGCCGCGGCUUAUGCCAACCCCGUGUGGACGGCCCUGUUUGACUAUGAGCCCAAUGGGCAGGACGAGCUGGCCUUGCGGAAGGGCGACCGAGUGGAGGUGCUGUCCCGUGAUGCAGCCAUCUCGGGGGAUGAGGGCUGGUGGGCGGGCCAGGUGGGCGGCCAGGUGGGCAUCUUUCCGUCCAACUAUGUGUCAAGGGGCGGCAGCACACCGCCCUGCGAGGUGGCCAGCUUCCAGGAGCUGCGGCUGGAGGAGGUGAUUGGCAUCGGGGGCUUCGGCAAGGUGUACCGUGGCAGUUGGCGGGGCGAGCUGGUGGCCGUGAAGGCGGCUCGCCAGGACCCCGAUGAAGACAUCAGUGUGACGGCCGAGAGCGUGCGCCAGGAGGCCCGACUUUUCGCCAUGCUGGCGCACCCCAACAUCAUCGCCCUCAAGGCCGUGUGCCUAGAGGAGCCCAACCUGUGUCUGGUUAUGGAGUACGCGGCCGGGGGGCCCCUCAGCCGCGCCCUGGCUGGGCGGCGCGUGCCACCCCAUGUGCUGGUCAACUGGGCAGUGCAGAUCGCCCGUGGGAUGCACUACCUGCACUGCGAGGCUUUGGUGCCCGUCAUCCACCGAGACCUCAAGUCCAACAACAUUCUGCUGCUGCAGCCCAUUGAAGGCGACGACAUGGAGCACAAGACGCUGAAGAUCACCGACUUCGGCCUGGCCCGCGAGUGGCACAAAACCACGCAAAUGAGCGCGGCGGGCACCUACGCCUGGAUGGCUCCGGAAGUCAUCAAGGCCUCCACCUUCUCCAAGGGCAGCGACGUCUGGAGCUUUGGGGUGCUGCUGUGGGAACUGCUGACUGGGGAGGUACCCUACCGUGGCAUCGACUGCCUUGCCGUGGCCUAUGGUGUGGCGGUUAACAAGCUCACGCUGCCCAUCCCAUCCACCUGUCCCGAGCCCUUCGCGCAGCUCAUGGCUGACUGCUGGGCGCAGGACCCCCACCGCAGGCCCGACUUCGCCUCCAUCCUGCAGCAGCUGGCGGCGCUAGAAGCGCAGGUCCUGCGGGAAAUGCCGCGGGACUCCUUCCAUUCCAUGCAGGAAGGCUGGAAGCGCGAGAUCCAGGGCCUCUUUGACGAGCUGCGAGCCAAGGAAAAGGAACUACUGAGCCGUGAGGAGGAGCUGACGCGCGCUGCGCGCGAACAGCGGUCACAGGCCGAGCAGCUGCGGCGGCGCGAGCACCUGCUGGCGCAGUGGGAGCUAGAGGUGUUCGAGCGAGAGCUGACGCUGCUGCUGCAGCAGGUAGACCGUGAGCGGCCGCACGUGCGCCGCCGCCGCGGCACCUUCAAGCGCAGCAAGCUCCGCGCGCGCGACGGCAGCGAGCGCAUCAGCAUGCCACUCGACUUCAAGCACCGCAUAACCGUGCAGGCCUCGCCUGGCCUUGACCGCAGGAGAAAUGUCUUCGAGGUCGGGGCUGGGGACUCGCCCACCUUCCCCCGGUUCCGGGCCAUCCAGUUGGAGCCUGUGGAGCCAGGCCAGGCUUGGGGCCGCCAGUCCCCCCGACGGCUGGAGGACUCAAGCAACGGAGAGCGGAGGGCAUGCUGGGCGUGGGGCCCCAGUUCCCCCAAGCCUGGGGAAGCCCAGAAUGGGAGGAGAAGGUCCCGGAUGGACGAGGCCACGUGGUACAUGGACUCGGAUGACUCCUCCCCCUUAGGAUCUCCCUCCACACCCCCAACACUCAACGGAAACCCCCCUGGGCCGAGCCCGGAGCCCGAGGAGCCGCGGCGGGGCCCAGCGGAGCGCGGCGGGGGUAGCAGCGGCUCCGGGACGCCCAAGCUGAUCCAGCGCGCGCUGUUGCGCGGCACCGCCCUGCUCGCCUCGUUGGGCUUGGGGCGCGACCUUCAACCACCAGGGGGCCCGGGCCGCGAGCGCGGGGAGACCCCGCCCACGCCCUCAGCCCCCGCGCUGUCCCCCGCCCAGCCGCCCACCUCCCCGCUCAUCCGCUUCUCGCCCAAGACGCCCGGCGCCCCCGCCUCCCCGCGGAGCCCUGACGCCCCCGCGCCGCUGCUGCUGGACCUGGGCGCUCCCGCGGACCAACCCUCUGCCAAGAGCCCGCGGCGCGAGGAGACACGCGGAUGUACUGUCUCACCUCCGCCCGGAAUAUCGCGCUCCGCCCCAGGGACCCCAGGCACCCCACGCUCGCCACCCCUGGGCCUCAUCAGCCGCCCACGGCCCUCACCUCUUCGCAGCCGCAUUGACCCAUGGAGCUUCGUGUCAGCCGGACCACGACCGUCACCCCUGCCCUCCCCGCAGCCUGCCCCUCGCCGGGCACCCUGGACCUUGUUCCCGGACUCAGACCCCUUCUGGGACUCCCCACCUGCCAACCCCUUCCGGGGAGGCCCUCAGGACUGCAGGGUGCAGACCAAAGACGUGGGUGCCCAGGCCCCUUGGGCACCAGAGGCCAGGCCCUGA